UUAGCGGCUGUCAGCGCGCGCGGCCCGGGCACGCUCGCCAACUUUUUCCAAGCAAAGCUCCGAGCGACUCGGCUCACGCUAGGCUCACGCGUUCUGUCCUCCUGGCGGAUGUCAGCGAGAAAGGGCAACGAGGGGAGGUGAGGAGCAAGUUUCCCUGUGAGAGCGCUCUUGCUAUUUGUCACUCUUGAGCAUCCUCGGGGCGUGGAGGCGGCCUGAACCUGUCCGCCAAGACAAAGUGAAUGUACAGCAUCAUGAUGGAGACGGACUUGUACUCCCCCGCCGUGCAGCAGACCAACCCGUCCAACCCUGGGGUGGUCGUCGGUGGCGGAGGCGGCAAAGUCCCCCAAGAGAGAAUCAAGAGACCCAUGAACGCCUUCAUGGUGUGGUCUCGCGGGCAGCGACGAAAGAUGGCCCAGGAGAACCCCAAGAUGCACAACUCGGAGAUCAGCAAGCGACUGGGGGCCGAGUGGAAGGUGAUGACCGAGGCCGAGAAGAGGCCCUUCAUCGACGAGGCCAAACGGCUGCGGGCCAUGCACAUGAAGGAACACCCGGACUACAAGUACCGGCCACGGAGGAAGACCAAGACGUUGCUCAAGAAGGACAAGUACUCGCUCGCCGGUGGGCUGCUAGGCAACGCGGCGGUGGGGAUGGGAGGCAGCCAGCGGCUGGAGAGCCCCGGCGGGGGGCAUCUGGGCUCCAACGCGGGCGUAUACACGGCGCACGUCAACGGGUGGCCGAACGGUGCUUACUCGGGACAGGUGGCCGCUGCGGCGGCGGCCGCCCACGCCAUGAUGCAGGAGGCGCAGCUGGCUUACACGCAACACCCGGCCGGCGCUCACCCGCACCCGCACAACCCGCAGCCCGUGCACAGGUACGACAUGAGCGCCUUAUCUUACAGCCCCAUCUCGAACUCCCAGAGUUACAUGAGCGCCUCUCCGCCGGGCUACGGGGGCAUCACCGGCUACACGCACCAGCAUCACGGCGCCGGAUUGUCUCCCGUGUCGGGGGCGAUCGGGGCUUCCCUGGUGAAAUCGGAGCCGAGCGCGAGCCCUCCGUUGUCCGCGGCGCGACAACCGUGCCCCUCCGGGGACCUGCGGGACAUGAUCAGCAUGUACUUGCCCACCGGGGAAGCGGCGGCGGGUGACUCGUCCGUGCCGGGGCGCCUGCAUAUGCUCCACGCGCAGCACUACCAGGGGAGCGGCGGCCACGUGAACGGGACGGUUCCUCUGACGCACAUUUAAAUGUUUUACAAGUACUAAACCGCAACCAAAAAUCCAAAGCAGAGGUGGGCCGCUGCUUCUCAAGUGUAAAUUGGCGCUAGAGCCAAAAAAGACAAAACAAUUGCAAUCA